CACACAAAAUGUAUGCGGCAGCAGGCGGUGCUUCGUUGGCUUCACGCCAGGCUCGACAACGUCAGCGGCAGCAGAAAAAGACCCAACAACUUCAAGCGAAACUACAUCCACCGAAGGCAGCAGGUAUCGUCGUUACCGAUCAAGGCGCUUCCACGCCCACGCGACAUUCUCGCCAAUUCCACCAUUUACCCAAUAACUACCUACGUACACCGCAGGCUCAGGCGCGCAAGCUUAGUGCGAGCUAUACGGCCCAAUCCAAGCUUCUACUGCCAAUCGAUGAAGGCGACACGCAAUCGGUUAUGCACAUGCACAUGCAUUCGCAUGCCCAUGGCCAUUACACACAUCCGGGCCAUAGUCAUCAUGCCCACAGCCAUGCUCAUCAGGGCGCCCAUCAUCAGCACAUGAGCCCCUAUACGCCGGACGCUCAACAUACGCAUCAUCAUCAUGGACGCGUAUCGCCCAGACUGGUGCACCGUCAUUCGGGCAGCAGCGGCACUAGCUUUCAUUAUUCGCACUUGCCGAAAUCGGCUACCGCUACGCUGCCGCUCGUUUCGCAGGUCGAGGCCACACCACCGACGUCGCCAGAGGGCGUGGCCGUCGCCGGCGAUCAGGUUACAGGCGACACCCCACCUACGAUGACUGGCCAGGAGGCCAGUAUGGCUUUGCCUUGCCACGACUCUAUUAUAGUGACGCCGGCCACGCCCAUGGCUUCGCCUGGUCAUGUGGCCAAACCUCGUGAUGAACUUUCCGAAGCUGCAGCGGAAAAACAACCUCUUACCGCCGCCAUUGACUCUUGCGAUGACGACGAACACAUGCAGCCACCCACCGGUCCUCUCGAACGCAAAUGCAGUGUCUAUCGCAUGCGUCGUAGCGAUGCCUUUGAAUUGGACGCCGUCUCAGCAGUUAGCGGCGUUAAGCGUCAGUUCAAAGAGUUGCAAUUCAAUCAGCAACACCAACAAUACGAGCCCCUGCUCACCGAUGAUCCUCACAUAAUCUUCAAAGGUUUUGCCAGCAGUGGCGGUCGCAAGGUUCAAUUGUGCGCCUACUGCGAAGAAGGUAUUUGCGUCUGCGAACACAUUGAGUGUGCCCAGGGAAGAGCUGCUUGGUUGGAGCGAGGACGUCGUUGCAGUGUCCAAGAAAGUCAACAACAAGCAGCAGCUUGUCACCGGCGUUGGGUAAAAAGAAAUAGAAUACAGGAUGCAUCCUUGGGUGGUUCUUCGGAUGAUGAGGACUUUUUGGGAGUUCUGCGCGGUCCAAGCACUUUUGCAAAUGCUUUUUUAUAUGUUGGUCUGGGAACAAUAGCACUCGGUUUAGUUAUAGCCUUCGUAGGUACUGGUGAGAAAGGCUUCAAAACAGUGGAAUUGCGUCUAAUUGGGCCGUCACUUAUAGGCAUAGGCUUCGUAUGCUGCUUGUUAAGAAUUUUAUUUUGCAUAUGUCCAUCUCAUUGUAUAUCAACGAAGAAAAAUGCCCGAAAGAAAAAUGGCAACAAGAUCGAUGCCGAUCACACGACCUCUCUGUUAAGAGGUGAAAGUAAACGAGUUUCUAUAGCUCGAGGACCAGGUCAACAGCCAAGAUAUCCCAUCACGCAUAAAAGAUCGAAUAGCAAAAUGCUUAAUGAGGGCAUGGAAGCGUUGAGACAAAUUGCCACCACCUCAUUGUUUAUGCAAAAUGAACAGAAACCCAUGACGAAUCGAAUUGUUCCCAUUAUCAAAGAACCUGAAAAUGUCAAUGCUGAUGCAAACGAAGCCACCAACGACAAUAAGAAAACAUCAGAAAAAGUGUCCUCUAUGGAUAUGGCCCAUGAGCAAAAUACAAAUUCAAGCCCAAAUGCAGCUAUUGAUAAUGAAUUAACAACAAAAACUGCCGUUUUUAAAGCACCUUCAAACCAGUCAGAAGAGGAGAAAGGAGACUGUUCAGUGAGUGCGAGUAGUGGUUUCAGCAACAAUAAAUUGUCUCGUCAACGUACAUCAGUUCAUCAACCAAAUUCUACUGUACAUUUGCUGACCCAACAAAACGAAAGUAGCCAGCAGCAAAUGGAAACAUCACUGAUGUUCGUUAGAAAUCCUAAAUUAACCAACGAAAUGCUUUCAUCACAACCUCUGCCACCACCAGCAACAACUACACACGAUGCAUCAUCAGCCUUUUCGUCUGUAAGUUAUUCAAAAGCUGAUAACAGUCUGAUACCUCCUAUACAUGGACCGGGCAGUGUGGCGAAAAGUAGUUUGAUAACUGCGAGGCCACUUCAGACCACUUCAAAUGUUCUAACAGCCUCCAGCAGUAACACUAACACUGCUAGCACUUAUGCAGCGGCAUUGGCCGCAGCCAUUUCUUCCCGCGGUAAUACUGAACGAGCUGAAGGCCUGGUACGUGGUCCCCUCGGUAUGCCCAUGCAUGUGCUGGCUGCCUCCUCCUCCACAUACGCCUUACCAGCAUCAGCACCCAGUGUAUGUCUGGUUAAAACAUCCACAUCAGCUCCACUUCCAGCACCCUCAACGGCACCCUCUAUACUCAGCACCACAACUGCAUGCGAGACCAUUGCCCAUCAGCAAACUAUACCAGGUCAGGUGGUACAGGAUUUGACCUCCAUGGGUCAUACACUUGCAACUGUGCCAAAUUCAAAAUCAUCUGCUGGUGAAGCCAACUAUAGCAGCACCACAUUAAAAUUCCCCGCUACAUCAAUGUUAUCUUCCACAUAUUCCGGUAGUUCUUCUACGCUUUCGCCGAGCAGUCUUAUAGGCUCAACAUCAUUUACCUCGCCCACCACCCUACCACCCACAACCGGCAGUAAAUAUGAGCCGGAGCUCUUGCUAAGUCCAGCUAAGCUUGGCCAGUGAACGAAUGGUUAACUAUCUGUAUUAGA